AGUAUCUCAUGGCUGGAUAAAUUUCCACCUAGACACAAUGUCGGAAGUUUUUGCAAGGUUAUCUGAGCGUUCGCCCGAAGAUGGAGAGACCGCUGAGGAGGAUGACUUUGCUUUAGAAUUAAGUGUUGCUCCUGAAGAAUUGGCUGAAUUUGCAUUGGAUUCUGAAGAUAUUGAUGUAUCUCAGAAUGACCAAUCUCUAAAACCUGCUACAAAUACUGAAUUUGGUCUGGAAUACACAAUAGAAAUACAAAGUGAAGCUGGGCUCCUAGUUAAAUACCAAUGUGUAUUGUGCUUCCCCAAUCAACAAUGCAGCUACAUUCUACCAGCAGAGUUCAGCGGGCACUUGACAUCUCCACGGCAUUUGAAAAGUGUUCUGCUAUUGAACAACAUAAAGGCUUACAGAGAACUACAGUUUUCAGAGGACAGUAAAGUUCUCAGAAGCAAGUUAAAAGAGUGUUUAGUUGGUACUGAUGGCACAAGUGCUAUUGCCAACUUCUCAAAUCUUUCCAAUGUUUUCAAGAAAAUCCGUCACGAUAUUGAAAAGCAUAAAUCCCUCUGCCGGGAGAAACUCAUUGCGACUGAGGAAAAAGUACAGAACAGCAUCAAGCGUUCAGUUUUAUCACGCCUGUCACCUCGGACAACUGAUGUCAACUCCUCAGUUUCUCUGGGUCCAAAGGCAAUUGAAAAAUCGGCUUAUGAAAUCAAUUUCAAGGAUGCCAAGGAUAUUUGUGUUAAAACCGAGUUGAGUUCAGAACUGCUCAAGAAGGCAUCUGGUCCAUCUUUUGCAACUAGUGAUCCAGCAGUUGGAAUAUUCAAGAAUGUCAUUGACCCAAACACUGCUCAAAUUCUUCAGUCUUAUUUGGAUAUUGCUGAGACAACACAAGAAGCUGAUGAAGUUACCCAGAGCAAAAAUUCUUGCUCUAAUCUUCCAUCAUCUUCAAAACAGCAACAGGCUUCAGUUUUUAUGAUCCCUGAACCACCUCAAGCUCAAUAUCCAAGAUCACUGAAAAGUUUAAGUUCAAUUUCUGAGCCUCAUCCACGUUCUUCUAUGAUUGAAAGUAUUCAAGAGUCGUUUGCUUCCGACUCGUCGUUUGACUGGAAUUAUCCCUCGGGUAGAUAUCGCACUCAUGAGUCAGCUGCAUAUCCUGAGCGUGAAGAAAGAUGGGGUGCAGUGGAGAGAAGGCCUCUGGGAGUACAGCCUUGGUCAGCUCCAUAUGCCAGACAUCAGCCAACAUCUGCAAGACAGCAGCUAACUCAUCAGGACAGACGAUCGCUAAUGACUGAUGCUAGAUAUGCAAAGUCAAAUCCGCUUACUUUUUCCAAUGCAAAUCCAUUUCAUACUCCUGAUUAUCAAGCCAGAGCAUCUGCAACGCAUGCAUCAACUGCUCCUAUGUCUCUUCUCUUCAACCCUUUGUCGCGGGUGUUCCGCAAGUCUGAUGCCCGUAAAUCUGAUGCAGAUACCAAGGAGUCAUUGAUGCCACCUUCAGUAACAUCUACAGAAGAGAAGACACUUCAUAAAAAGAAAAAAAUUAAACCUCAGAUCUCUUCCCAGUUCUGCAUCUCAGUGAGCAACAUCCCAGCAUCCAUUUCUAUCAUGCUCAUAAAAAACAUGGCAUCGAUUUGCAACAAUUUAUUGAAUUGCAAUCUCUCUGCAAAUGCCUCAGGCACUGCAGUGCUUUUCUACAAGAAUUUGGAGAGUGCAGUUCUUGCUGGCAGGAUUUUCUCACAGCUUUUCAUGGCUAAUCAGCGGCUGGUAAUAACUGCAGCCGCGNAGACCAAGAGAAUGAAACCGCAAGACAACUCCAAUGAUAAGAAGUUGGAAGAAGUUGCUCGGAAUCGAAUAAGCUUGGCAUUGCGGAACCAGCAUGUGAUCUAUCGCUGGAAUCUUACACAAGUCAAAAUUCAAGUUUUAGAUGCAGCCAAAAUCAAGCUUGAGUCAGAAGAACUUGCCAAGUCUGAACAGUUUGGGUCAUCCGUGGAUGAGACUGUUUCUGGCGCCGCCACUCCAGCACACACUGGGGCCGCAACAGCCCAAGAAGGUGCCUCUACGGCCCAAAAAAGCACCACUUUGACUCAGGAAAGCGCCAUCUCGGAUCAGAAGGAAAUCAUUUCGACUCAGGAAAGCGCCAUCUCGGACCAGAAAAAAAUCAUUUCUACUCAGGAAAGCACCACUUCGGACCAGAAUGGAGCUACCUUGACUCAGGAAGAAGCCUCUGAGGCUGAGAAAGAAGCCAUUAUAGCCCAUAAAGAAGCCUCUUCAGCUCAAGAAAAAGCCUCUUUGGUGGAGCAAAAAGCCACUUCGGGUCAGCAAGGAGCAACUGUGGCACAGGGAGACGGGGUGGCACCUUCUAAAUCUGAAGAGUGUGAACAAACAGUUGACGAGGAAGCUAUUGAUACGUGGCGACAGAUUGUAUCGGUCUCGUCUAUCCUUGGGAGACUCAAGGAACGGGGUGCUCCUGUCUUCACUCCUGAUAGCAAGUCAGACUCAGAAAUUAAAGCUUCCUUAAAAACAGGAGAGAAUUUAACAACUGCUCCUGCUGUUUCUCCGAAGCAUGAAACAGAAAACCCAGGCAUUUUUAUGCCAGGAACAAAUGAUACUGAUCAUCCAGAUGACUAUUCAGCGUCUAGAAGCUCUGCUAUUGAAGGAAUUUCCUCCAUGCUUAAUAUCGAUCAAACUCCUACUACUCCUAUCAAGGAUUAUGCUUCAAAGCCUGAUACUUUUACACAGUUUGCAGAACCAAAAUGUACAUCAAUUCCAGAUCCACCUUCUCUUUCCUCCUUGGAUGCUACCAUUUCAGGUGCACUGAAGAAUCCUUCUUCUCCAAGUCAAUGUAAAAAUGUUCAUGGCCAAAAUGAUACUCAAUCUCCUCGUGAUGCUCUCAAAGAAGCAAACAUGUACGACUUAAGUAAGCAUGUUGUCGGACCAAUCAUAACUUCAACGUUCCUCAUAAAGGACAGUGAAUUUCCUGAAGUUGAUCAUUUCUUGCUAUCGGAUCAGUCACGACUUUUGUCCGCAAGAUCUCUGCAGGAGCGGAUAUCGGUGACGUUAACACCACCACAAAUGCCAAGUGUAAAUCACCCCUCAACUCCUGCCGUGCAAGAAGUGGUUUUGCAGUGCAAGAGCGAAGGCUACACGUUGCACUUAGCUUGCAGCAAAGCAAAUGAAACGAUAGAAAAAUUCAUCAUGCAAGUAUUGGAGCCAUUGCUUAUAGCUGAUGAAACUCCUAUCUACAAAACCGGUGUAGGUUGGUUUGCACGUGCCGGCACCCAGGCCACUGCCGUGGCAGCUGCACUGCUCUACGAUGUUCGGCUCCUUGAUGCCGUCGUCACAGCCACGAGCCUCUUGCCGCCAACAGACGGCUGUGUGACGGUAGGUACAGCAGUGCUGAGGGCUCAGUGUGCCAUGCUGCGCUCCCACGUCGAGCUCUACAACGCACACGUCGCUGCCCUUAUUAUGACUGAGUUACAGUGUGGUAAGCAUAGCAUAGCCCUUAUUAUGACUGAGUUGCAGCCCAAGCUUUGCCCAACCAAGGAGUGCUCUAGCCAACCGAACUUAUGUCCGCACAGCCGGAAUGUGGUUGAACACUUGCUGCAUCCGAGCAAUUUCCUGCAGCAACUCUGCACCAAACGAGACAAAAGCGGACGCUGCCUCAAAACUCAGCCAUGCGCUGCUAUGCAUCCAGGGUCGCCAGAUAUAUUUUAUUUCACUGGCUUCAACGAUCUUUACCUGACGGGGCUCGAGAAAAGCUUCAUCUUCCUUGCUGGGGCCAUAAGAUCGCUCUUCAAAAUCAGAAAAAAUCUAAGUUUGGCCAGGACGCUGCGGGUGCUUUUCCUCACCCCUGAGGCGGCGGUGGCCGAGGCAGCCGCUAAACUCGUCAAGCCCAUCGCUGAACUGCACGACGUGACCGUGUCUAGACAUGGCAGAGGUGAGGCAGACCAUGACGUGACCGUGUCUAGACAUGGCAGAGGUGAGACAGACCAUGACGAGCAAGCCUCGUGA